CGGCCGUCAGGGAGUUGUACCGCACACUCCCGUCGCGUCGCUCUGAAGCCUCGUGCGCGGCCUCCUCGCUCGCUCUCAGCCGGGCCGUGAAAAGUGCCGCCGCCAGGAUCCGUUACCGCCUCCACAGGUUCCCGCCGACGCCAGACUUUCUCCUCGCAGCUUUCACUGAAAAAUGAAAGCAGAGUCAUAGAGGUCGCCGGUUGGUACUCAUCUCCGCGUUUUGCCCAAGUGACUGGCGGCCGCGGGGAGGGGUGGGUCAGGUCAGACGUGGAGGGGGGCAAGACGACUCUCUCCCUCCUCUCUCUCUCCUACCCACGCAAGCAUCCCCCUCCCUCCCUUCCCCCGCCUCCCCCUGGUCACACACGUCUGGUAAAAGAUUUUGAUUACGGAAGGAGAAAGUGUCGGGGUGUGUAAUACGAAAUAAUUGACGCUAAUGAGGUAAUGAGCGAGGAAAUGUGCGUCACCCUUCCUUCACCCGAGUCAAUGAUGAAGGAAUGAGCGUCACGUCGCACCGGGGGAGACUUGAUGCGUGUGGACCGUGGACUGACAUGGGAGAGGAGUUUACAGUUAACCUUUCCGCUCCCUGACUGACGCCGCCGCGGAGGCAAUGAUGGCAGGGCCCGUGGUCACGCGAGGCUCGUGUUGGUUUUGAGGCGGCGACGUGCUGAUGCUGACUCAGGGCUGACUCGUGACCCCAACAUGACUGGCGCUAGUGAGGGAUCCGUCAGCGGCAGCCUCAGCGCCCCUCAGCCCCACCACCACCAACAACAACAUCAACACCACCACCACCUCUCCCUCAAGUCCCUCAGGAGCCGUUCUGCAUACAUCCCGGCAAAGGACGACCCCAGCUAUGUCCCCCGCACCGCCGGGGACGCGCCCCCUUCCCUGGGAGGCAGUAAAGGGACGCGCCGUCAAGAGUGUGUACCCGCGGAAGCCUCCAGGAGGACGCGAGGCAAGGAGGCGACCAAAGCAAUACGACGAAAACAGAGCAACGUGGUCCGGUCGUAUUCCUGUGAGUGUGUGCGAGGAAAGGGGGAUGAGGAUGAGGAGGACGAGGAGGCGGAGGAGGAGGAGGGAAAGGUGGCGGGUCCUCAAGGCGAUGCUGGCGGCGCGGGGCUCAGUGUUCCCGCCGCCCCUGGAGCGGACGGACGUGUGUGUUUGAAGGGUUAUCUCACACCGCGCUGCUCCUCGUCUCCACAGCACCGCGCCCCCACCACGCCCCAGCACGGCCAGGGCGGGAGGCACAGCUGCGUUAGUCCUGUGCGGGGAGGCGUGCACGUCGAUCUGAAGGAGCGUGGAUUAUUCUGCGACGAGAGGCAGAAAGUGCAACGUGUGGUAAAAGUGGGAGGAGGAGAGAUACAAGUAGAGGUGAUAAGUAGUGAACUAGUGGUGAGGAGAGAGCCGCGCCAGGGUAGUUGUGGUGACGGGUGUGGUGUGGUGAACAGUGGCGGCAGUGCUGACGAGAGGCCCGCCAAGAAAAAGAGGAAGUUCAUCAUUAUCCUCAAGGGUCUGCUGAGCAAAUCCAAACGCAGUGAAAAAAAGAAGUGUGUCGAAGGUGAGAGUGGCAGGGAGAGUGUCGGCGGCGGGGAGAGUGACGCGGUAACUCACACCUGCGGAGACAACAACAACAAACGUGACGCGAGGUGUGGCGGCGGUGACGGCAGGGGCGAGGCCAACGGCGGCGUCAGGGGACAGAGGCAGCGGGGCGGAGGCGAGGCGGGCGGCCGAGAGACACGCCUCGACGCUGCCCACAAACACGAGGGUUCUGCCGCAGCUGGAGACGAGAGUGGCGGCGACCACAGUGACGCAGGGAGCCGUAAAGGAGGCCGGGCGAGCGGCGCUAACAGUACUUCCAGGCACGAGGCCAAUGAUAACACGGGAAGCGGGGGGAUCGUAGAGGGAGGCUGGGAGAAUAGCGCGCCUUGCCUGGGGACACAGGAGCAGCUGACUCUGCUCUACCACGCAGCCCUCACCCAAUACUCCCACGUAGAAAACGGGUGGCGGGAAGACGCACGUGAGAGCAGGCCCUCCAGCCCCGACCCGGACCAGUCCUGCGCAACCCUAAUCCUCCCUGACGAGGGGUCGAGGGAAGAGACCCUCGUUGGUGAUGAGCCUCUUGAGGAGGGUCUUGAGUUUCCUCCAGAUGCACAGGUAACCUUCCCACGUGAGCCUGAGCCGCGGGAGGAGCCCCUUCACCCACAACAGACCGCUUCCACCUGUGAGGAGCAGAAUCUCAUCAAUAACUCCCCCUUAUUAGGUGACGCCUCCAAGCGUGCCACAGAGACUCCUUCCCCUGAGGAUCAAGAGUGCCUUUCUCAGCCCCUCAGCGGAGACUCAGAGUCACACGCGGGUGGUGACCAAGGCGAGGCGUGUCCACCACACAUAGACACUCCGAGCGAGAGUGUCUCCCACCUCAGUGAAAAGCGCCAAGACGUAACAUUUGAAUUAAGCGUCUCGCCCGCGGCACCACCUUGCCAGGGGGUCGAAACACCUGGCCGUGAGGCAACCAGAACCCCGGCGUGGGACACAAGCUCCGUCCACCCGCUGCUGGGUCCUGCCUGGCCUGCCACAGACACCGCGUGUGAGGCAGUCAGUGGGCGUGACUGUGCCGCCCCCUCCCCCUCCAACUCUAAUCAAGAUGCUGCUGACGUUGGCUGUGGCGGCGGCACUGAACACAACAGUGAUGACUUAGAGGAGAAGGAAUGUGCUGGGUUGACUGCCAGUCUCAGCUGCCCUCCAAACCUUUUUCCCACCGAGGGACGGAGUGACCCUGCAGAAGGACAGUACAGUGACUCAGAGAGCGACGCAGACCAAAGUGAGUCAGACAGUGACAGCAGCGUUGACUACGACAUUCCUUCCGUCGAUGAGAGUAUUUACGACCCACAGUUUGAUCCAUACUUCUAUCAGGGGAGCAUAUCGCUAGAGCACGUCCCGGACGACCAGCCCAUAGACUACCCGUGCCCGUACGACGCCAACGGUGACUUUCUUUGCGGAAGACAGUUCACGCCGCACUUUUCUUACCUCGACCACUGGAGCGGCUCCGUUGUCAACGCCCCGGGGGACCUGUACCGCAGCCAGAGCCAGCCCGAGGCCGUCACCCAAGACCAGCCGCUCGACGGUGACGCCCCACUGCACGCCUUCCUCAGCCAGCCCAUCCCCAGCCAGGUCCCGCCCGGCUUCCCCCUCGAGAACUCUCUGCUGCGGCCCAGGAAGCAGGGGGAGUUCAGUUCCCUGUGGAGCUUCGGAGGGUCGCAACUCUACACCAUUACUGAGGAGGCCGAGUGCGACGACCAAUACGACGACUUUUAUUCCCGAAGAAACUACUCUGAAUCCAACCUGUACUUCAGGGGUGCUGAGGACCUGUACAACGACCCUUACUACAUACGACCAGAACUUUACUACGGUGAUUCAGACUCUGACUCAACUUUACACAGCGAGUCCCUUAGCGAACGAGACUCAACCGAGACUCUUGACCAAGACGCGCACUGCCGGGAAAUACCUGAGUCACACCCAGCCGAGCGCACCUCCCAGCUGAGUCUGACGGAUUCCUUCGAGCUUGACGUGAGCGAGCAGGACUACCAAGGAGAGUUAGUCACCACUGAGAGUGAAGAGUGUUUGGACGCUGACGGCAGAACGCACCAAGACUCCCCGCGGCCUGAGAGCGAGUGUCAGGGCGGCGAGUAUCCUGAUGAGUUCUUUCUGUUCUGCUCGGAGGCAGAGGUCACCGGCGUGGACGUGAUGGAGAGUGUGGACGUGCUGCCUUGUAACGGAGGAAAAGAAGAUUUUACGUACUUCAAAGUUGAAAGUAAAACCUGUGAUAGGAGCAGCCCUGUUGACCACGAGUUCCUCUUGGAAAGCUACAACUACAAGACAACCAUGAGCGGCAGGUCCUCCAGCCCCGGCAGCGACCUGGCCCUCCACGACGCGUGGGAGGCGGGGCACAGCGACGGCCCCGGCGCCAGGAAGGGGCCCUCCUCUCACGUCUACCAAAACAUCCCCAUCAACAGCCGCCUCUCGAGGUCUAAUCCUAAUCUGACUUUUGCCAGUGACGAAGUGGACCAAGGCUGCGUCGCGGCGCGUCCAAUCUACCAGAAUGUGCCUGUACCUGCUAAGAGGCACAACGCGAUGGCCCGAGACACAGGCCGCGGCCUCGACAACCCCCCGUCCCGCGACACCAACAGUAACUACUACGAGGACUGGGCGCACGGCCACGCCCUGCAAACAAUGUCCCCGUACAUGAAUGUGCCUCACAACGGCCACGGCAGUAACGCGUCGUUACACAACCUUAACUCCUCCAAGUCUUCAAGUUCUCUCUCGAGCUCCCUGAGCGACGGUCUGGACCGAGUGGUGUCCAACGGCCACAGUGAAGACCAAAGGUCCAGCUCCAGCUCUGUGUGUGGCGACCUGAGGGCCAGCCCGGACCUGCGCUACGUUGGCCUCUCUCUCGCACCGUCCUCCGGCAUCCUGGGGGUCGGCUCCGCGACGGGGUCGUCGGGCAGCUUCACCGCCUACGCCUCCAACACCAGUCUCGACCACGACACCUUCUCAAAGACAUCCAAGAUCUACAAAUGGAACGGUUCCUCGUCCGUAUCUGACCUGACCUCCCUCAGCCGUGACCUGAGCUCCACUUCAUCUAGCCUCAACCGAGGGUCAGCUUCGGCUUGUGACUUGACCCAAGUGAGCGGAGACGAGAGCUGGGGCAAUGAGGCGCCCCUCGGGGAGACCAGCUACGCCGCCUGGUGUGCCAGGGUUCAGGAUGACGACGGCGACGACCAGGAUUUUAUGCCUUCCCUGAGCAUGAAGGAAGCCUCUCCCUUCGUCUUCACUCCCCACCAAAGUAAGUACAACUCUAUUGGUCCUUUUUCUUCCACCGCAGGUACAAAUACUAUAAGAACUCUUGUCUAUGGUCUUGCACACGGCACACACAAAAAUAAAAGGCGUUCAGAGUCUUGCGUUACCAAAUAUUCACCUCAAUGAACAUACAUAUGGAGCACAGUCGAAGGCCAAACACCACACGUUAAGAGCCGAGGCGCCGCGCCAGUACAGGCCUCGUAUGCUCAGACUGUUUCGGCUUUCACAACAAAUACUUCCAAAGGCCACAGAGGAGAAAAGCUGCGUUCUCAUGAGUGUUUUCCACAUUCAUGAAGCAGAAGUCUUGCCAUACUAUCACUGGGCCCAUAAAACUACCCAUGGAAAUACCCGAAACCUCCACAAAAGCCUUAUCAAAUGGAGGUAUGUAAGUCCAGAAAUGGCAGAUAAUAGGGACCCUUGCAGCUCUUUCCCUCCGUCUCCCCCGGCGCCCGUGGCUGCGUGAGGCUCGUGCCGGGAUAGGUCAAGGUGAGGCCAGCACCUUGCGUCACCUUGCUAACGGGAGAAGAACUUGAUACCGCCAACUGGUAACUCGUUUUCUUCGCGCGCGGAGGCUGGACGCGGGAUGGGAAAGGCUAAAACAUUCCUGCCUCAAAAGAAAAGAGAAAGUCGUCUCUCCCUCUCUCUCACUCACUCAAUAUCACUCAAACACACACACACACACACACACACACACACACACACACACACACACACACACACACACACAUAAACAGAAACA